AUGUCGACUCCCACCACUAAUCUCAAUGCGCCUGCCUAUGUAUAUAUCCGCGUUGCUGCACUGUCCGUCGCAACCUGGGACUACAUCAUGACCCUGCCCGCCGAGUAUCGCUUUUACAAGAGCCAGAAAUCGUGGAAACCGUGGAAGUGGACCAUAGGCUGCAUCCUAUUUAUACUCAUUCGAACCAUUAAUAUUGCACGACGUGAACCAUGGAUCCUGUGGUUUCUACCUUCCAUAUUUAUCGUAGUCACUGCGGGAGAGUGGUUUACUAAUCUAUAUUCUAAGAGACCCAUUCAGAACGAGCUUCGCAAUUGUACAGAUAGCAAUGAAACUCACCCCGUGACAACGUGGCUUUAUUACGUUAUUGCGAUUUGCUACGACUGUAUAACCCUCUGUAUAUCGACUUAUUAUCUGCUGCGGUAUUAUUCCCCUUCUAUCCCUUCAAGCAGAGUAGCGCGCCUUGUGAAAGUGAUGAUCUAUGAUGGUAUUGGUUAUUUCGUGAUACUUACAGGGACGAAUGUCUUGAACCUUGUCAUAUUUAAUGUUGCGAAUGGCUUCACACAGUCAUCUGGGUUGAGCAAGUUUAGGAAUAGCACUUACUUGGAUUAUGAGCCAGAGAAUUCUUUUACAUCUUCGCGGCGAGUAUUCCAAAGCUCGCUUCCUGUCUUUCCUUCUUAUCUUUCACAAACAGAUGUCGCUGCGGACCAGCAUCGCUCUACACAUGUGAUCACAGAACCAUUCCGUACAGCGCAGUCCGUGUCCCACGCGAUGCGUUCCCAAUUCGUGGCCAAACGCCGGAUCGACGAAGAGUUUGGCGUCACCACUGACCGCCCUGCGCAGCGCCCGCGCUCCCUUAACGACCUCAUUGACCUGAGUGACGUCAAUCUUGCAGUGCAAGUGCAGGUUGAGCGGAGUAUUAUGGUGGACUGUGAUUCCAGCACGCACGACCACGAGUCGGUCGAAGUACCGCGGGUUAAAUGGACGGCGGAGCUACCGCCUUCCAAUAAUGUUAAGACAAAUUCAGAUGAGGCCCCUUCGUGA